CUCCUCCCUUCUCUUUCUCUUCUCCCUCCAUCCCUGCUUCAUCCUCCUCCUCCUCUGCCUCCCUCUCCCCAGCAAGUUCGAUGCGAUCGGCUCUGGGCCCUGCCGUGAGUUGUCGGUGCGGGCGACAGCGCUGCUGAACAUGGCGUCGGACGGGAUGCUUUUAACGAACCACGACCAUCAAAUUCGGGUCGGAGUCUUGACAGUGAGUGACAGCUGCUACCGAAACCUGGCAGAGGACCGUAGUGGCGUCAACCUGAAAGAUCUCGUCCAUGAUCCAUCCUUGUUGGGUGGUAUGAUUGUGGCAUACAAAAUAGUGCCGGAUGAAAUAGAUGAAAUCAAGGAGACUUUGGUGGACUGGUGCGAUGAAAAGGAGCUUAACCUCAUUUUAACCACCGGAGGUACCGGCUUUGCUCCGAGAGACGUCACACCGGAGGCCACUAAGGAGGUGAUCGAGCGUGAGGCUCCGGGGAUGUCGCUGGCGAUGUUGAUGGGCUCUCUCAACGUCACACCGCUCGGCAUGCUCUCCAGACCUGUGUGCGGAAUCCGAGGGAAGACACUCAUUAUAAACUUACCAGGAAGCAAGAAAGGCUCCCAGGAAUGCUUCCAGUUCAUCCUGCCAGCGCUGCCACACGCCAUCGACCUCUUGCGUGACGCCGUGGUGAAGGUUAAGGAGGCGGCGGACGAGCUGGAGGACUUGCCCUCGCCGCCGCCGCCUCUCUCGCCGCCGCCCAACAGUUCGCCACGGCGUCAGACGGAGGACAAGGGCGUGCAGUGCGAGGAUGAUGAUGAAGAGAAGAAAGACAGCGGCGUGGCGUCCACCGAGGACAGCUCCUCCUCCCACAUCACCGCAGCAUCCAUCGCCGCCAAGAUCCCAGACUCCAUCAUCUCACGGGGCGUGCAGGUGUUGCCCAGAGACACGGCCUCCCUCAGCACCACGCCCUCGGAGUCGCCCCGCGCCCAGGCCACGUCACGCCUCUCGACCGCUUCCUGUCCCACACCCAAAGCGCGGCUCCCCUCCUGUUCAUCCACCCUAAGCAUUGCUGAGGCCUCACGGAGAGAAUUCAGGGCUCACCUGGAUGAGGUCAUCACGCUCAAGUCAAGGUACUCUACCUUGGACCAGCUCCAGUGUAGGUUGGAGGGGCUUAAAGAUGAUCGCAGGAGGACCUUCAGCUCUCGAGUGCAGUCGCGAUGCAGCAGCAAAGAGAAUAUCCUAAGAUCAAGUCACAGUGCUGUAGACAUUACCAAGGUGGCCCGGAGACAUCGCAUGUCCCCUUUCCCCCUCACUUCCAUGGACAAGGCCUUCAUCACUGUGCUGGAGAUGACCGCCGUCCUGGGCACUGAGAUCAUCAAUUACAGAGACGGGAUGGGUCGAGUCCUAGCUCAGGACGUUUAUGCCAAAGACAACCUGCCACCCUUCCCUGCCUCUGUCAAGGAUGGCUAUGCUGUGAGAGCCGCCGACGGCCCGGGCGACCGCUUCAUCAUCGGGGAGUCCCAAGCAGGCGAGCAGCCCACCCACACCGUGAUGCCUGGCCAGGUGAUGAGGGUGACAACCGGCGCUCCCAUCCCCUGCGGGGCCGACGCCGUCGUUCAGGUGGAAGACACCGAGCUCCUCCGCGAGUCCGAAGAUUUUGUCUUUCAGGGCACAGAGGAGCUGGAAGUACGAAUUCUGGUCCAGGCUCGGCCAGGCCAGGACAUCAGGCCUAUCGGUCAUGACAUCAAGCGUGGCGAGUGUGUGCUGGCCAAGGGCACCCACAUGGGCCCCUCUGAGAUCGGCCUCCUGGCCACCGUGGGAGUCACAGAGGUGGAGGUUCAGAAGUUCCCUGUGGUGGCCGUCAUGUCCACAGGAAACGAGCUACUGAACCCAGAGGAUGACCUCCAUCCUGGGAAGAUCAGGGAUAGCAAUCGCUCCACCCUGCUGGCCACCAUCCAGGAACAUGGCUACCCAACCAUCAAUCUGGGCAUUGUGGGAGACAACCCCGAUGACCUUCUCAAUGCUCUGAAUGAAGGCAUCAGCCGUGCUGAUGUCAUCAUCACCUCAGGCGGAGUAUCCAUGGGAGAGAAGGACUACCUUAAGCAGGUGCUGGAUAUAGAUCUUCAUGCUCAGAUCCAUUUUGGUCGGGUCUUCAUGAAACCAGGGCUCCCAACCACAUUUGCCACGUUGGAUAUCGACGGUGCUCGCAAACUCAUCUUUGCCCUCCCAGGUAGAAACCCCGUAUCCGCUGUCGUCACCUGUAAUCUUUUUGUCAUCCCUGCCUUGAGGAAGAUGCAGGGUAUUUUGGACCCAAGGCCGACUAUCAUCAAAGCGAGGUUAUCUUGUGAUGUGAAAUUGGAUCCUCGCCCCGAAUACCACCGCUGCAUCCUGACGUGGCAUCACCAGGAGCCUUUGCCGUGGGCACAGAGCACAGGGAACCAGGUAAGCAGCAGACUGAUGAGCAUGCGCAGUGCCAACGGGCUCCUGAUGCUACCUCCCAAAACCGAGCAAUACGUGGAGCUGCACAAAGGCGAAGUGGUGGACGUCAUGGUCAUCGGCCGGCUAUGAUGUCGUGGCGGCGGGGGGGGGGGCCGGGGGACGGAGGCCGGCCGUCGUUUCUUGCGACGGGCGGUUUCGCGGUGCAUGUCCACAUAUCAUCGACUGACUAUUCUGUAAUAUGCAACGGCACAGCUAGUUUUUGUUGAUUUGGAGAACAUUGAGGUAUAGUCGACAUCUCGAUCACAGCCUAGAUAUUACUGUAUAAGAAAACAUUGAUUUCAAAAAGAUUAUAGUAUUUCAAAGGAAGAAAAUAUAACUUUUAAUGGAGAAAAAAAAAUCUAAUUAUAAAAAGAGAUUUAUUCUGUAAUAUAUUAUGAUUAUUCUUCUUAUUAUUAUGAUUAUUCUUCUUACCAUUAUUAUAUUAAGGCAACUUUGUUCUUUUCAUUGCAAUUGCUUUGUGUGUUCAACGCUAGACCUUAUCUAUAGCAGUAGCAUUUUAAUAGACAGCUGUAGGUGCCUGCCAGGACAGAAAAAAAAAAACAAUUUUAUCAUCUUUAGUGGGAAGAUACCCUGUUUAUUUUUCUUUUUUUUUUUGUUGGGGUGAAGAAAAAUACUGAGGAAGACUCCAGAUUUCCCAUGGUGCUGCAGUUAGGAGGAAAAGGGGUGGGGGGGCCACAUAAAGAUCUUUUUCUCUUUUGAGCGCCCAUCAAGGUAACACUUUUUCUCUCGUUAGUAUGCAUCAUAUUGGCUUCACAAAGAGCUUUGCUUGUCGUUUAUCUUGUGAGUCUUGUUUAUGUGCGCGGUGCCAAAUGCCUGGGCGGGGGAACCAAAGGGGGGCAUGGGGGGCGCAGGGCACGGGAGCUUCCUUAAUUUUGCGGUGACCAGGUGAAAUAUUUGCUCCCACCCUGCCCACCACCCCUCCCUCCCACAAAUCCCCUCCUGGGGAUCAGCUUAGGGGGGGGGCGGGGGAAAUAUAUUUUAUUUGAGCAACUAUUUAAGAAAAAAAAACAAGCAGGAGAAGAAGCAGCUUCUUUAAUUGCUGACGGCCUUUUUAACCGACUUCACAAAAUUGUACAGAUUAAAGAAAAUAAAUUGAACCAUAUUGUACAGAUAGAUAUGUGACCAGCACUCCUAAGGAAGUUAUUAUUAUUAUUAAUUAUUAUUAUUGUUAAGCAAUGAGGAGACAUUGAACAACGCUGUACUAUAAACAUUUUCUGUAAUGAUGCUGAAACUGAUGAAAGAGACUACGAUAAUAAAAAUCCUUGAUGAUUAUGUAAAAAAAAAUGUUAUUGUUGAGUUUCCUUUUUUUAAUAAAUGAUAUCAAAACAAC